AUGGUUGGCGGUGACGACACCGAGCGGCUAAGAACAACUAGUAACUGCAGAAGAGGUGUGGAGAGCAAGCAGAUCGUGCGUCCGCGCAUCUCCGCCCAACGCACGCCGUGCGGCACAGCGCUUUUGAUGUUUAGCGGCAGCCGAUCAGGAACAGAAGCCAGCGCAUGUCGCGUCCUGGCGCUUCCUCAUCGAGCAAGAAGAACGAUGGGCCCUGCAACUGCUUACUCAACUUUCUCCACAGACGAGAAGUUCUGCCACAAACGACGAACGCACAGUGGACUCGGCAGCAGACUGGGCGGAAUGUCGUUCUUCUGGCUGCUUCUCCCACUUUGAAGCGAUGGAUGGCGGCAAAAGUCGAGCGAACGAGUCGAGCCCGACUCUAGGCAUGCGACGCCGCCGCUGCCAAAUGCGAUGAUUUGCCUCGAGCGGAAUGAGCCAGACUUGCUACAGAGUUUGGCCGGUCACUCACUUCAAUUUCACCAACACGAACCAAUCGCAGCGGUGCUGUAUUAAUACCGUCGGUCAGUUAUGGUUACCGGUAUGGGCGUUAUUAAUACAGCUGUAUUGUGCGUUCUAU